AUGAACUGCCUGAACGUGGCCGAUAUCAUGCCCGGAUCACCCAGCAAGAUCAGGGGGCAGAUCCAGGUGAUCUUUGGGCCAAUGUUCUCUGGGAAAAGCACGGAGUUGAUGCGCAGAGUGCGUCGCUUCCAGAUAGCGCAGUACAAGUGUUUGGUGAUAAAGUACGCCAAGGACAUUCGCUACAGCGAAGAACAGCUGGCCACACAUGACCGACAUACGAUGUCUGCUGUUUCGACCUGCAACCUGGCAGAUUUGUUUACGGAGGCGAUGAACUACUGCGUCAUUGGCAUUGAUGAGGGCCAGUUUUUCCCGGAUGUCGUUCACUUCUGUGAAGAAAUGGCCAACAGAGGCAAAACCGUCAUCGUUGCUGCACUGGAUGGGACGUUCCAGAGGAAGCAUUCGGGGGACAUCCUGAGUUUGGUGCCGCUGGCGGAGAGUGUUGUGAAGCUGAACGCAGUGUGUAUGGAAUGUUACCGGGAAGCUUCGUACACCAAGAGACUGGGAGCCGAAAAAGAGGUGGAGGUGAUCGGAGGGGCAGACAAGUACCACUCGGUGUGCAGACUUUGUCACUUGAAGAAACCGCAGCCGACGGAAGGGAAGGAAAAUCUUCUCACCCUGAAGGACAAAUCGAAAGUAGCCAAAAGUAAACCCUCGCUGGGUGCGUCCCCUCGAAAGCCUCUAAUGCAAAUUCAGCCGUCUGUGUGA